AUAACGGGCCCUGCCGGACCGAGAGGAGAAAAGGGAAACAAGGGAGAGCCUGGGCCAAAAGGCAUGUCGGGACCACCUGGAAGGCCUGGAAAAUCGAUAUCUGCACCGCAAGUAAUGUUGUCACCAGCAGAACAGACAAGGGAUGAAGGAGGGAAAACGACCUUUAAUUGCACGGUAGGAGGAAAUCCUAGCCCCGCGGUCGAAUGGCGAUUCAAGGGCAGAAAGAUUCGAUUAGGUCCAAAAUAUUUGAUAAAAGAAGGAGUGCUUAUUGUUAAAAAUCUGAAUUACAGCGAUGCUGGGCAGUACAUAUGUGCCGCCAGAAACAUUCUUGGAUCGUCUGAAGCCACUGGAAACUUGUCUGUUCGAGGUAAAAGGAUCGAGUAUUUAACUUUGAGCUUAAUUUUACAUCUUGUCGUUUGAUUUGGCUGAUUGUAGGUGCUAGGCGGGAUUGGAACUUGAACCCGUUAUUUAGCUUGUCUUCUCUUUACUCUGCAUUCUAAUAUCUAACCAUCCCCCCCCCUCCUUCGCAUUAUACUGUAGAAAGAAACCUUGAAAAGUUCCUGCAUUCGUGACUUCCUUGCUCCCUGGUUUGUUCAACAAAACCCUCAGAGAUUCCAUUAAACCACUCUCUAACUUGGUACUCAUUUUAUAUUGUUGGCUAAUCAAGUAGCAACAUGCUUUUUGUACAACGUUCCUUGGAAACUUUAAAGCGUAAAAAGUUAGUUGUACAACAAUAAUGGGCCAUGAUGAUGGAAAAUUAGAUUACAAGUUUCCCCCCAAAAAUAAAACGAUCCUUAUAUUACCCGUUUGUUUUAGUACAGCUGCAGUCUUUUCCCCUGCAGUGAUGAGUUAAUAUGAUGACAUCUUAGUCUAAAGUCAGGAUUUUUAUCAUGAAAUUUGACGUUUUUUUUUUCUUUUUUCAGGCCUCCCAGUAUUCACUAAAGUUCCACCACCACUGGCCGCACCAGUGCAACGCACUACUUUUCAAGUAACUUGUCAGGCAGAAGGUUUUCCUCUCCCCACAGUAAACUGGGAUAGAGUGGUAAUACCUUUGCCAGCUGGAAGGGUUGAGGUAAACCAAGGGACACUAACCAUUAAGAACUUGACUCCUGCUGACAGCGGUUUGUACGAGUGCAUUGCGACGAACAUGAUGGGAACAAAGAAAACCAGAACCAACGUGGCGGUGCAACGGCACUCAGGUCUGUACAUGCAUUAUUUACACCGCCACAUCACAAAUUUGCUCUCAGCAAAUAUGAUGCAAAAAUGUAAAUACUGAAGAGUAAAUCUGGAGCAAAACUGGUAAAUGCCACAUUUGCAUACCUAAAACACUGGGCGUAAAUUAGUACGUUUGCCCCUGAUUUACUCCUCAGUUUUUUGUUUGUUUGUUUGUUUGUUUGUUUGUUUUUUUGUUUCUUUCAUUUUCUUGCGACACAUUUGCUUAAAGCAAAUUUGUGCAAAAUUAAUUCAUUUUUCUUUCAUUGUGUAAAGAGAAAAGUUACACUGCAACGAAUCUACUGUUUUUCUCAAAAUACAAGUUGGUCAAUACAGAUUGAAACUUUAAAAACUAAUGGCAAAUAAAUACAGCGAUUUAUGUGUCGUGCAUAUGCUAGCUUUGAUUGGUUUUCGUUUUCACGCGACUCUUAUUCGUUUUAUUUGCGCUUGUGUUUAAGUUUGCUUUGCUAAUAAGCUGAAAUCCGACAAGGCUUUACAGAAUGACCUGGUGCCAAAUUUGACUAGUUCUAACUUGGCCAUAUUUCCUUGGUAACAGGUUUCGAAGACUCCGUUAUUGUGGGAAACAAAAAAAAACACUUGACCUUAUUAGGCAACUGGCUAGCACCUGUGGCUAAAGGCAUAAAUUCUCUCUGGAAGCGCUGUUGGCAUGCAUCUGUGGACGGUUGGGCUGAUAGUACAUUUCAUUCGCGCUGUGAUGGCAAGGGACCGACUGUAACAAUAAUAAGGGUUGGAAAAUAUAUUUUUGGCGGAUAUACCAGUUUGUCUUGGGGUAAGUAGACAUUGUAAACGGAGAUAAUUGUACAGUGAAACCUGUAUUAAGAGGACACCCUCGGGGAAUGCUGUGGUGUCCGCCAGGAGCCCAUCAAAUGGAGCCUCCAUCUCCAUUAAUUUCUUGAGUCAACCCUUUCCCGAGUAGACUUAUAAAUAGAACGGCUAGUUUCCCGCGAUAAGUGUUAUUUUUCUGUGAGUCUCGUGUGUCACCGAACCGUGAAAAAAUAAAAUUCGAUAAAGUCGAACUCAGAAGCCCGUCCUGCGACCGUUUUCCAUUUUUCCUUUACGUCCAUUUUUACAAUUUUACAGCCGCUGGGAUCUGGGUAUCCUGAAAUAAAAGUUAAUGAAUUACUCGACUGAGAUUGAGCAUGAAGCGAUGGGACAAAGGCAGCGAAAAGGUUAUCUUUGCGAGUGUUUUUUUUUUUUUUUUUUGAAAAAGUGCCAGGAUCAUUUGAUUUUUGUCAUCACCGUGGAGUGGAUUUCACCAGUUAAGCAC